UUUGUAGCAAUAGCCAAAAAUACAUUGUAUGGGUCAAAAUGAUCAAUUUUUCUUUUAUGCCAAAAAACAUUAGGAUGUUAAGUAAAGAUGAUGUUCCAUGAAGAUAUGAUGUAUAAAUCUCAAUUUCAAAAAAGUUGAUCCUUAUGACUGAUUUUGUGGUCCAGGGUCACAUGGGCUAUUGAUUGUGAAUGUGAAUGGAACAUGUAUGUGGUUUAUAAGGAUUUUAAAACACAUUCUAGUCUACUGGAAUUAGAUAUGUAACGUUAUUUAUUAAAUAAAUAAAGGAUUUUAAACUUCUGUUUACAAAAUUAAAUCCAGUCUAGGUAAUAAAAUGCAGAUGCAUUGAUUUAACUAGAAACCUGGCAGUGUAACGCUCACAUCUCUAAAAUGCCAGUUGAUGUUUUGGAAAAAUUAGAUGCAAAUCAAACUAAAUCGAUGCGUGACUUGUAUUCCGUGCGCGCGCGCGUCACCCUCUGCAGAACGGAGCGUCGUCUUUUAUUCAAGCGCGAGAGGGAAACACUUCACAGCUACAGCAUCCGCAAACAGAGGCGCAUUCGGAAGAGCGCAAUGUCUGGCUUCGGUUUGGGAGGCAUUAAAUAAUGUGUCAUAUCCACGACUAGGACAUCGCUAAAUCAGAUUGUGACUACUAGAUCCUUCAACUAUCAUUGGUUUCAUGGAAUCCCGACCUGCUUUCCUUCAUCCCCCUGGAAAUAAUGAGCCCAAGGCAUGCUGGGAAUCUGAGUCCCAGCACAGAAAGGGAAACCUCUCUCCUGGAACCAGGACAAGACUUGGAGAGAAUCAUGGGAUUGAAGUACAAGCUAAAGAGCAGGGGGAGAGAUCCACCUCCAGGGAAUCUGCCGGCCAUGUGAAAACACUAAAACACAAUGCAUUAGCCACAGCUGCCAUUCCAGCCGCAGAACAGCUCCCUGCAUGCACAGCUGCAUCAAAAAUACCCACCAUGCACUCAGCGACAACCAAGCAGGUCACUGCAGGAAUAGCCAGUGCAACUGCUACGACUAAAACGGCAUUGAAACAACCAACCAAAACAACUGCACCUGGAGUCGAGGUCUUAAGUUUAUCCAGCCAAACUGGACCCAGUGGGCCAAAAUUGAGAUCUCCAAAUGUGAGCCAUGAGAAAAAGCUACAAGCGAGUCUGAAAACAUUUCCCAAAAACAUGCAAAAAACUGCCUCAGCAUCUCAUAUCAUGGGCUCCACAGACUCCCCACAAAAGACGCUUCAAAAAACAUCAUCUGCUUCCCAGAUUUCCUCAACCGAGUCUCUCAAGAGUUUCAACCGGACUCUCUCACACAUUCCUAGAGCUACGUCCAGCCCCAAACUUAAACCGCCCCAUUCUGCGUCUCUCAAGGUGGAUAAAACUGAGCGGAAUAGAAGAGUCACGAGCAAAGAGAGACUGCUGUCGACGACUUCUCCGAAAGAUAAAAUGAUUGACACGUUGGUGGAGAGCAACCUGCAACUGGGGACAAAAGCAGCAAUGGGGGAGAGUCCUCAGGGACGAGAGGAGCAAGAGAUAAAGAGCGGGAACGAGAGAGAAGUAGAGAUGCUGAGCGACAAAAUAAAAGACGCUGUCCUUCAGGGACACAGUCUUGGAGGAAGUGACGUCAUCUCCAACUCGAAAGGUUGCAAAGAAACGUCCUCUCUGUCAUUGUAUCAUGCCGAAAAGCUGAAAGAGCCAGAAGACAAGACUGACGCAUAUGUCACGACCCAAGAGAGACACGCAGGAAAGAGUCAGAGGCUCUGGGAAAAGAAGGGAAGGGAGGAAGCAGAAAGCGAGGAGAAGAGGAACACAGGAGAGAGAAAGGGGGAAGCUGAGAUUAAGAUUGUCAAAAUGGUGAUUGAGGGCAAGAAGGAUACUGUAAUGAAUGAAAAGAAUAAGAUUCCAACACCCAAGAAUUUGAAGGAUGCAGUAACAAUGACAGUUGAAGGUUUCCCAGUGACCGAGAUGAAGGAUGCAGCACUGCAGGCGGAUCUACAACCGGUGUACGUUGACGUCGAGGUCCAGGCGAAUGUGGAGGUCUGCAGUAGAUCCACAGACACAAGCCCAGUCCACAAUGUUCAACCCUAUCAGUUGAACCCUGAGACUGACCUCAACUCUAAAGCUGGCCUGCAAAAUGAGCUCAACCCCGACAGCAACUCAGACUCUGAUUGUUUGCCGAAUGUAACCUUACCGGAUCCCAAACCAACAGGAGCCAAGCCUAGAUUUCUAGGUCCACCCCCUUACAAGUCUCCCAAUAUCCAGAAACCUCUUCAACACAUCUGUCAAAUAGAGAUUGAGCUUCAUAGCCGGUCCCUGCAAGCUCUCAGUUCGGUUCCCUCCCAAGUAAUUAUCAGUGAAUUUGACUCAACUUGUCAAGUGUUGCCUGGGGUGGCGGAGAAGAUCUCUGGGGACUCCUUGAAGCCGCUCGACUCUGGGAGAACAGCAGGGGUGGAAGGAGAAAAGGAGGAGGGCGGUGCACCUCAGGAAGUCGUCUGGGAUGAGCAGGGAAUGACGUGGGAAGUCUAUGGAGCGUCACUGGAUAUGGAGUCCUUGGGAUUUGCCAUCCAGAACCACCUGCAGUGUAAGAUCCGUGAACAUGAGCGGCGUAUCGGCACGCUCCGGAGGUCCAUAUGCCUCUCUGAACAAUCGCCUGGAAAGGACAGGACAGGAAAGAAGAAGAGGAAUGUCUUUAGGUCGCUGUUUGCUGGCUCUAAGUGCUGCUCAAAACCACGACCCAAAGAGGAAGCAGAAAAUGACUUGUUGUUAUGUAAAUGUAUUUUCUAGAUGGUGCUACACUGGAGAAUGUAUAGCAGAUCUAAAAAUGUCUAAAAAUAUGUAGCCUACUGUUGCUUCAUGUAGGUUUUAGACCAGGGGUCACCAGACUCGGUCUUGGAGGGCCGGUGUCCUGCAGAGUUUAGCUCCAACCCUAAUCAAACACACCUGAAGCAGCUAAUCAAGGUCUUACUAGGCAUACUAGAAACUUCCAGGCAGGUGUGUGGAGGCAAGUUGGAGCUAAACUCUGCUGGACACCGGCCCUCCAGGACUAAGUUUGGUUACCCCAGCUGUUUAAAACCAUGUUCAGAAAUUGGCCUUGUCUCAAAUGGCGAGCUUGAUGUGAACUUACUUGAUGGCCUAUGCUUGUUCUAUGAAGUGCAUGAGACUAGAGUGUCCACUGUAGAGAGGUGCCACUUUUGGCCAUACUGGUACAGACUAUACCCAACUGUCAACCUUUCAGGUUUUGGAAGUCUGGAAGGAUCUUAAAUGUCUCUUAAAGGGGUAGUUCACUCAAAAAUGAACAUUCUAUCGUCAUUUACUCAUGUUGUUCCAAUCAUUGUGUGACUUUCUUUAUUCUAUGGACCCCAAAGAAGAAUGUUUUGAAGAACUUUGGUUACCAAAAAGCUUUGGACCCCAUUGACUUCUACUGCAUGCUCAAAAUGACCCUGAGACAUUUCUUAAAAGAAACUAAUAGAGUUUUGGACGUAUAUGAUUGCAUUAAAGGGUGAACUAUCCCUUUAAGACUCAUUUCCUGCCCCAUCGAACACCAACUUGUAGACAUUAUUUUGGAUUAGCAUGUUCACAUUGUUGAAAUGCAGAGUGGAAAUUGCAUUCGUUUCCCAACUUUUUAAGUCCAACAUCUAACUUUUUGAAAUGUUGGUAUCCGUUGAGGCCAUGUGAACUAGCUUAGUUAAUGCGUUCAUUUAAACAUUAAUCUACAAGUGAAUUGUUCAUGUAACUUUAGCGAAAGUUCAAGGCCUUUUUUUUUCAUUUUUGUACAGGCAAAUAUUGUCUACUGUCUUCACUCUUAGUAUUGACUUGUGUAAAACUGAAUCUCACUCUAUUUAGGUUAACAUUUCACAAAUGAAUUUUGUAUCACUAUUCUUUAAAAAAAAAAAAAAAUGAAGAAACCUUUGUCUGAGAACUGGUUUGACAACAGUUUCUGUGUUACACUGUUUUUAGGAACCUUGUAGGUUUUCCCAGAACAGUUAAUGACUUUCUAAAUGUGAGCAUUUUUCAGUCACUGUGGUCACUCACUUGCACACCUGAGCAACUUCAAGCACUGGUAGUUGUUGUUAAUGCUGGUAGAUGUUAAUCCCAUUGAAAAUGAAUGACUUUUGGUUGCUUUAUCACUGCAAAAAUGCUGUCAGUGCGAGCGUCCUUUAGGUACAUAAUGCUGGGCUGAUAAUCACUGUAUAGCACUUUAAUGGAAUAAAAUAAUGUUUGUAAAUUAAAAAAAA